ACAGAUUACGAAGUCUCUCAAGAGUAUGGCAAACGUCACCAUAACAGGAAAGCUUUCCGAAGUCAAUCUGAUAAGUGCAUCAAGUCGUUGCCAGAUGUGAAAUUAACACUGCAAUUAGGACAUGUUGACCGCGGUGCACCAUUUUCGCCAUUCUUACCCGGACGACCUGGUGGGCCGUACCAACCAACGGGUCCCAUCGGUCCCAUAGGGCCGGCAAGCCCAGGUGGACCUGGUGGCCCAGCUGGG